AUGCUCCUAAAACUUCACUUUUCUCUUCUUCUCUUCUUCUCGGUCUCCGUCGUCUUUGGCAGCCGAUCUUCUCCGGUCGAGUUUCAAUAUCUAAAUGUCAAAUCGAGCAAGUUCGAUGUCGACGAUAGUCAAAUUCUUCGUACUCUUAAUUUCUCCAACGGUCACCGGUUGGUGACAGGUCGAAAAUCUAACCAUACUAAAUUUAAGCUCAAACUUGUCCAUCGAGACGAGAUCCCUCACAUCCAUGGUCAACAUCAGGAUUUUGACGAGCGUAUCAAAAGAGACGUCAAACGAGUUGCCACCCUUGUCCGCCGUCUAUCUCGUGAUGACACCGACAGCUCCAGUGUACAAGAUAAUGGUUACAAGGUGGCAAAUUUUGGGACGGGUGUCAUUUCAGGGAUGGAAGAGGGGAGUGGAGAGUAUUUUGUUCGGAUAGGAGUUGGGAGCCCACCGAGGAGUCAAUACAUGGUGAUUGAUUCCGGUAGUGACAUUGUGUGGGUUCAAUGUCAACCUUGUAGGCAAUGCUAUCAACAGUCCGAUCCCGUUUUCAACCCGGCCGAGUCCACUUCGUAUACCGGUGUCUCAUGUGGCUCGGCUGUUUGCGACCGACUCGAGAACGCUGGCUGCCAUGCUGGACGGUGUAGGUAUGAGGUAUCGUAUGGUGAUGGGUCUUACACUAAAGGCACUCUCGCCCUCGAAACUCUCACUAUCGGCCAGGUCACGGUUCGUGACAUGGCUAUCGGGUGCGGUCAUACCAACCAAGGAAUGUUCAUUGGAGCUGCUGGGCUACUCGGUCUCGGUGGUGGUUCAAUGUCAUUUGUUGGCCAACUUGGCGGUCAGACCGGUGGCGCAUUUAGCUAUUGUUUGGUGAGUCGAGGUAUCGGCUCGACCGGGACAUUAGACUUCGGCCGCGGAGCAAUGCCGGUUGGUGCCACGUGGAUCUCCUUGGUUCGAAACCCCAAUGCCCCAAGCUUCUACUACAUCGGACUAGCCGGCGUCGGUGUCGGAGGCAUCAAAGUUCCAAUACCAGAAGAAACUUUCCAGCUCACCGAGUACGGAACCAACGGCGUCGUAAUGGACACCGGCACCGCCGUAACACGGUUACCAACAGCAGCCUACGUGGCAUUCCGUGAUUCGUUCACAGCCCAAACCAGCAACCUACCACGAGCGCCCGGAGUUUCGGUUUUCGACACGUGUUACAAUCUCAACGGCUUCGAGUCCGUACGAGUACCAACGGUGUCGUUUUACUUCUCCGACGGCCCGGUGCUGACGCUUCCAGCGAAUAACUUUCUUAUUCCGGUCGACGGCGCCGGAACUUUCUGCUUCGCUUUUGCUCCGUCGCCGUCGGGACUUUCCAUAAUCGGAAACAUCCAACAGGGAGGGAUUCAAAUUUCAUUUGAUGGGGCUAAUGGGUUUGUUGGAUUUGGCCCAAAUAUUUGCUAA